GUAGCUAUGUGGGGCAUGGGGCCAGCACGUCUAGCCAGCUCGAAGUGCCACGACUUCACAGCAGAGCACGGAUUCUCCAGCGGAGUGAGGGGGAGAGAACUGGAAAAAGCUCGUUAGCUAGAUAGCUGGAUAAAUAGACAGCUUUGCACAAAAAUCUCCUCGUCUAUAACUCAAAGCUUUUUGCCCUCUCUCCACUCCCUUUGAAGCAAGCAUACGUAGCUCCAUCACCAGCGAGGUUAACUGAAAUUGAACAAUGGAUAUCUAUGACCCACAGACCCUUGGGAUCAUGGUGUUUGGUGGAUUCAUGGUGAUCUCUGCUGUUGGGAUCGCCCUUGUCUCCACCUUCUCCAUGAAGGAGACCUCUUAUGAGGAGGCCUUAGCUAAGCAGCGCAGAGAGCUGGGUAAGGCACAGUCUGCUCGGUCUGAGAAAAAGAAGAAGGACAAAGUAUCUGAGAAGAAGAGCCGUGGAAAGAAGAAAGAAGAAAAGCCCAAUGGAAAGAUCCCAGAGCCUGAAAAAAAUCAAUAUGAAACUGAAGCUGACGCAAUCAUUGAGCCUGUUGCUGCCCCAGUGGUAGGUGCUGCUCCUGCUCCUGUUCCUGUCCCUGCUUUGGAGGUUAAACCAACUGCAGCCCCAGCAACAGCAGACACUCAGCCCAAGACUGCUGCUGAACCAGGUCCUGCUUUUACUGAACCCUCACCGGCACCCUCACCUAAAGAGAAAAAGAAAAAGAAGGUGGCUAAGGUUGAGCCAGCCUCUACCCAACCAGCUCCACUUGUGGCUGCCCCUGCACCAGUCAAGUCCUCCUCAGUCCCCGCAUCUACCCCAACUAAAGCAACCUCUGCCCCUGCAUCAACUAAAUCUGCUUCUGCCACUGCACCAGUUAAGUCUGCCCCUGCCCCUGCUCCUGCAUCAGCCAAGUCUGCCCCUGCUCCUGCAUCAACCAAGUCUGCCCCUGCUCCUGCAUCAACCAAGUCUGCCCCUGCUCCUGCAUCAGCCAAGUCUGCCCCUGCAUCAGCCAAGUCUGCCCCUGCUCCUGCAUCAGCCAAGUCUGCCACUGCCACUGCAUCAGUUAAAUCUGCCCCUACCCUUGCAUCAGUUAAGUCUGCCCCUGCCCAAGCCAAGUCUGCUGCCACCCCAGCCAAGUCUUCGCCAGCUCCAUCUAAGACUGUGCCAGUGUUGGAGGCUGUCUCUAAAGAUGUCCCGGUGAUGGCAGUGCCUCCAGUGGGAUCUCAGCUGGCUCAUGCUGUUGCAGGAAAGGCACCGGAGCCCAAAAAGAAGGCCUCCAAAAAAAAAACUGAGCCUGUGGCAGUGGUGGAUGCUGCUGAUGCUCCACUGUACCUGCCCUACAAGGCUUUGUUGUCCACCAUCAGUAGCAUGGUGUUCAGUGAGAGCGAGGCUCAUAGGCUCAUUGAGAUCCUGUCUGAGAAGGCUGGCAUCGUUCAGGACACCUGGCACAUGGCCACUCAGAAAGGAGACCCAGUGGCCAUACUGAAGAAACAACUGGAGGAGAGGGAGAAACAGCUGGCAGCAGAACAAGAAGACGCAUCUGCAGCGAAGAACCGUCUCCGAGAGCUUACCAAGGAGCUUUCUGCUGAGAAGUCCAAGGUGACCAGUGUGGAGACAAGGCUGAGUUCCCAGCUGAGUAAGAGGGAGCAAGAAAUGAUUGCUCUGCAAGCUCGCAUGCAGGCCAGUUACCAGGACCAUGUAGCCCAGACCCAGGCGCUCAAUGCAAAAAUCCUCAACCUGCAGGACCAGCUUGAUAAAGGCCCCAAUGCCCAGUUGGCUCGUGUACAGCAGGAGAACUCCAUUCUCCGUGAUGCCCUCAACCAAGCCACUAGUCAGGCUGAAAGCAAACAAAAUGCGGAACUGGCCAAACUGCGUCAGGAAUGCACAAAGUUAACCAAGGAACUUGGAGAGAAGACAGAAAGUCUGCUUGCUGAUGAGCAUAUCAAGAAAGGGCUGGAGGCCAAGGUCUCCGCUGCAGAGAAGCAGCUCUCCUUGCUGCAGGCCAGCCGUUCAGAGAGCGAGCAGGCGUUGCAGAGGAGAUUGGAGGAGGUGUGUGAGGAGCUGAGAGCAGCGCAGAGUAGAAACGGCAGCCUGCAGGCCUGUUUGGACAAGACCCAACAGGACAGCAAUGCGCUCUCAGAGUGUCAGUUGUGUAUUGAAAGACUGAAAGCUGAGAACAGGGAGCGCUCUGCUCAGGUGGAUGCCCUCACUGCCCAGCUGGAGGAGACAAAGGCAGAGAAAAGCCAGCUUGUGCAGCAGGUGUCCUCGAUCAACUCGCUGCUGGAGGCCAGUCAGACCAAAAAGGAGGAGGAUAACAAUCAGGGUAAUGCUGCGCAGUUGGAACAGCUAAAGCUCAGCCUUCAGGAGAGAGACAACCAGCUGAGCACACUUCAUGAUGAACUGAAGCAACUGCAGAUGAAGCAGGAAGCUGCUGAGAACACUAUCGUUGAAUUAGAGCAAAGAAAUAAGAGUGAGGAUGCCAGCCUUGUCAUGUCACUUCAGGAUGAACUUAAAAACCUCAAAGAGGAAAUGGUACAACUUAAAAAUGCACCACAGACAGAUGGCUCCGCAGAGCUCAGACUGCUACAGAACAGUCUGACAGAGAAGGAUGCUCUUGUCACAUCACUACAAGAGGAGCUGCGAGAAGUGAGAGAAAAGAAGUCUAUUGAUGAACAGGAUGUUACGGCACAACUGUCAGCUUUCCAAACUGAAACCAAAGAAACUCUCCAGACUCUCUUUCCACAGAUACAUGUAGAGACAGAGCAGUCCAACUGGUUACAAGUAUUUACACAGAAAGCUCAGGAGGCUCUCAGCCAGCGGCAGCAGGAGUCUCAGUCAAGCACAGGGUUGUCUGAGUUGCUUGAGAAACUGAAGGAGGCUGAAGAGAGCCAUGGCUCACUGCAAGCUGAAUGUGAACAGUACAGGACUGUCCUGGCUGAAACGGAAGGAAUGCUGAAACAUCUGCAGAAGAGUGUGGAGGAAGAAGAGCUGGUGUGGAAGUCUAAGAUGGCUGACUCAGAGGAGCAGCUCAGGGUGGCUUUGGAGAGGGCCAGCAAACUGGAGGCAGAAAACCAAAGUGUACAACAGUUGAAGGAGCAGAUGAUGCUUCUGGAGGCCCAGCUGGAGAAGCAGUCAGACAACCAGUUGGCCUCAGAGGAGAUGGAGCAGCUGAAGCUGCAGUUGUCGCAUAGUCAGAGCCAGCUGGAUUUGACCCAGAAGGAGGCCCAGGCACUCAAGGAGGAGCUUGCACAGGUCAGAGAGCAGCUGAUUGAGAUCACAAUGCGGGCUCAACAAGAACAGAAUGGCCCAGCUGACGCCCAACCCAGUCAGGCCCAGAACGAGUCGAGUCAGAUGACUGAGAAGCUGCACGGUGAGGUGGCCCAGAGGCAGCAGCUUUCAGAAGAGUUUGAGCAGGCUCAGAGGACUAUAACAGAACUCCAGGCUCAGCUGGAUCUUCUGAAGGUUUCUGCGGAGUCACCACAAGCUGACACAGAAGAUGUUGCACAACUCAAGGAACGCCUGGAGAAGGAGAAGAAGCUGUCCAAAGACCUGGGCCAGGCAGCCACCAAGCUCCAGCAGCUUCUCAAAGCCAGUCAGGAGCAGCUGACCAAAGAGAGAGAGACAGUGAGAACACUGCAGGAGCACCUGGAAGGCAAGGGAGAAUAUGUGGAGCUGAAGGAAGGAACGUCAGUCUGAGAGGAAGUUGACUUCAGACACUACAAAAAAAAAACUGCCAAAUAUGCCUUAUGAUUACCAUAGUUAUGCAUUCCAAAACUAUUUCUUUCUUGUACUGUAGUUGAUUGCAUUUGUUGCAACUGCCAAUGUUUCAUAUUAUGAACAUUUCAAAGUAAGAUUAGAGGAGAGAAUCCUGCUACAAUCUUUACUGAACCCACAUUCCAUAAACAUUUCUGGCUAUGUCAGAAGUUAUUUAUCCCCCUGCCUUAUAUUCCAAACAUUUCCCCAUAGUUCAGUGUUAAAAAGGGAAACUGAUUGUACGUCAAACGUGCAUCAACCUGUGCAAUUAAUUUGUAUGUCUUUUCUAUGUGGUUGAAUGAUGGGAACAUUUUAUGAUUCAAUGUUUCAUUACCUUUAGGGCCUGCUUUCCUCUGUAGCUGGCUGCCCACAACACGCAUCAAAUUUGUAUGAAUGAAUAAACUACAGUGUAGCUCUGCGUAA